AUGCCAUCUACAUCCAAUCAAUGUGUUGGUGUUAUUUCAAGCAAUGAUGCAUAUUUUUCGGAAGUAUGCAAAGCAAGUGCAGUAGUUCCAGUUGGAUUGACCUUCAUGGCUUUUGCUGUGCAAGAUUUUGAUGAUGUUAAGGGGUUAUUAAAGGUUACAGAAGAUAUAUUAGUUGCUAUUUAAAUAUGUAUAUACUGUCACUGAAAUUACAUACUGUAUUAAUAAUAUGCUACAUCAUGGAGAUGAAAUCACAUUCAGAAUACACAUGCUACUGUACCAAUUAAGUCUCUUUAAAAGAUUAUUUAUGUUUUUGUUACUCUCUAGGAAGACAGUUUUGUCCUAGUGGAGCGUUCUCUACACAACUUUGGCAAUUCACUCUGCUGGGUGUACAGAUGUUCCUGUGACAUAAAUCGCUGCAAUUAUCUGCUGUCUCUAAAUGUUUAUUUACAAGGAACAGUAGAAGGUAGUAUAUUAAUUCAAACAUAUUAUAAAUAAAUGUCACUUUAUAAAUGUUUAAGUUAAACAUCUUAUUUAUUGAAAUAUAUUUUUUAUGUAUCACUUAACCUAAAAUUAUUUAAAAUUAAAACACUUUUUUAAUUAUAACUGUACUUUUGAUGUCUCAGAGUAACAUGUCAACAACAACAAAAGUAAAUAUUAACCCUUUAUUUUUGCCAAUGCGCUCCCUUGUGUUAAUUAAAUAUUAUUUUACUUUUUCUAAUGUCAGACAAUUUUACUUGUCAAGGUGCCCUUUUACCCCCUUAAACAAAAUAAAUACACUUUCAAAGUUGAAUUGAUUUGCCAAUAAGCUUAUAAUUAUUAAUGUGUGUUUGAAGUAUAUUCAACUAAAUAUUAUUUCCAGUCUGCUGACCUAAAUACUCAAAAGUAUUUUCAUUUUGUUUUAUUUUAGAGUUGAAUGGCAGGUCCAAGCCAUGUAACCACUGCAUUGUAGUGGAGAAGUUUAUUGCUUCAGUAGAGUCAGUAGAUGGCACAUUACCAGAGAGUGUUGUAG